CAGUGUCCAGGAGGAGGUGGACGUGUGCCAGCUGUGUCAGCACAUCUGCAAGCCCACCCGGGGGUCCUUCCGCUGCGACUGUCUCCUGGGUUACACGCUGCAGGCCGACGGCCAGUCAUGCGCUCCAGAUCCCCCCAGGGAGGACAACAGACUGAGGGAGGAGGACCUCCACACCCGGCAUCCAGGCGGGGUCGCCCGCUCCACCAGCGCCACCUCCACCUCCACCACCCCUGCUUACCUCAACCCCUGCGCUGGCGGGGGUCCCUGCAGUCAGCGGUGCUCGGUGGUAGGGGGCCGAUACAGCUGCUCCUGCUUCGCUGGGUACUCCCUGAUGCCAGACAGACUCUCCUGCGAUGAUGUGGACGAGUGUGUGAGCGGCGUGCACAGCUGUGGCGUGGGCGAGCGAUGCGUGAACACGGUGGGGUCACAUGUGUGCGAGCGCCAGCUUUCCUGCUCGGCUGGCUACCAGUCCCGGAAUGGCGUGUGCGAGGACAUCGACGAGUGCAUGGUGCGGACCCAUAACUGCGGUGCCGGGCUGGUGUGUAAGAACACAGAUGGGUCGUUUGUGUGCGGCCCCAAACAGAAGUGUCUGACCGGCUUCAAGCUGGACUCGCACGGGAACUGCAUCGACAUCAACGAGUGCAGCUCCCUGUCGGAGACGUGUAGCCCCGGGUUCAAGUGCAUCAACACGGUGGGCUCCUACACCUGCCAGCGCCAGGUCAUCCAGUGUUCCCAGGGCUACCAGUCCGGGCCUGAUGGGACCAGGUGCAUCGAUGUGGAUGAGUGUCUGAUGGGCACCUACCGAUGUGGAACGGGACAGAUCUGUCACAACCUGCCUGGCAGCUACCGCUGUGACUGUGGGGCUGGCUACCAGUUCGACACCGUCCGCAAGGUCUGCAACGAUGUGAACGAGUGCUGGCGCUACCCGGGCCGGCUGUGCUCCCAGACCUGUGACAACACCCCGGGUUCCUACCAGUGCUCCUGCACCGCCGGAUUCGCCCUGGCCUUCGACGGCAAGAACUGUGACGACCUGAAUGAAUGCGACUCUAACCCGUGCAGCCAGGAGUGUGCAAACAUCUACGGAUCGUACCAAUGCUACUGCCGCCAGGGCUUCUACCUGAAGGAGGACGGGCACACCUGCGAAGACAUUGACGAGUGCUCCCAGAGCAUUGGGAACAUGUGUGCGUUUGAGUGCGUCAACGUCCCGGGGAGCUACCAGUGUGCCUGUCCCACCACGGGGUACACCAUGGCCGCCAACAGACACACCUGCAGAGAUAUUGAUGAGUGCACCACCGGCGCCCACAACUGUUCUGGGGAUCAGAGAUGCUACAACAUCCAGGGGAGCUAUCGCUGCCUCUCCUUCACCUGCCCGCCCAACUACAAGAAGGCAUCUGACACGCGCUGCGAGAAGCUGGGUUGCCCGGGCAACGCGCCGGAGUGCCUGAAACUCCCGCUGCGCAUCACCUACUACCAGCUCAACUUCCAGACCGACAUCCUGACGCCGGCGCAGAUCUUCCGCAUUAGCCCGUCGCCCGCCUACGCCGGCGACCAAGUGUCCAUGGCCGUCACCCGCGGCAACGAGGAGGGCUACUUCAGCACGCGCAAGCUCAACGGCUUCACGGGCGCCGUGUACCUGCAGCGGCAGGUGCGCGAGGCCAAGGACUUCCUGGUGGACGUGGAGAUGAAGCUCCUCAGACAGGGCAGCAUGACGUCCUUCGUGGCCAGGAUACACGUCUUCAUCACGGCCAGCACCCUGUGAGCUCUGAGCACAGGGG